AUGAUGAGCAACAACAGUUACUACGAGCAGCAGCUGCCGCCGCAGUACUACCAGGGCACCAACAACGGGGAGGAAGAGGAGGAGAUGCCGGCCACCGAGAAGGACCUGGCCGAGGAUGCUCCCUGGAAGAAGAUCCAACAGAACACCUUCACCAGGUGGUGCAACGAGCAUCUCAAGUGCAUCAACAAGCGGAUCAACGACCUGCAGAAAGACCUGAGCGACGGGCUCAAGCUGAUCGGGCUGCUGGAGGUUCUCAGCCAGAAGAAAAUGUACAGAAAGUAUCACGCCAGACCCAACUUCAGACAGAUGAAACUGGAAAAUGUGUCGGUCGCGUUGGAAUUCCUGGAGAGGGAACACAUAAAGCUGGUAUCGAUAGACUCUAAAGCCAUUGUGGACGGGAACCUGAAGCUCAUUCUGGGUCUCAUCUGGACCCUCAUCCUCCACUACUCCAUUUCUAUGCCCAUGUGGGAAGAUGAGGAUGAUGAAGAUGCCAAGAAGCUGACCCCUAAGCAGCGUCUGCUCGGCUGGAUCCAGAACAAGGUGCCCCAGCUUCCGAUCAACAACUUCCACCGUGACUGGAGGGAUGGCAAGGCCCUGGGAGCCCUGGUGGACAACUGUGCCCCGGGUCUGUGUCCGGACUGGGAGACAUGGGAUCCUAGCCAGCCGGUGGAGAAUGCCAGAGAGGCCAUGCAGCAGGCCGAUGAUUGGCUCGGGGUGCCACAGGUGAUUGCCCCCGAGGAGAUUGUCGAUCCUAAUGUGGAUGAGCAUUCUGUAAUGACCUACUUGUCCCAGUUCCCCAAAGCCAAGCUCAAGCCAGGUGCCCCGCUGCGGGCUAAGACUCUGCACCCCAAGAAGGCCAAGGCCUAUGGCCCAGGUAUUGAGCCUAAAGGCAACAUGGUGCUGAAGCCAGCUGAGUUCUUGGUUGAGACAGUGGAGGCUGGUCUGGGUGAAGUUCUGGUUUAUGUGGAAGACCCAGAGGGACACACAGAGGAGGCCAGAGUGAUCCCUAACAACGACAAGAACAGAACCUACUCUGUUGUCUACCUGCCCAAAGUGGAGGGUCUUCAUAAAGUUAAGGUGUUGUUUGCUGGGCAAGACAUCGAUAGAAGUCCCUUUUUGGUCAGUGUGUCCAAGGCCAUGGGAGACCCUAACAAGGUCCAGGCCAGAGGGCCAGGACUCGAGCCUGUGGGCAAUGUGGCAAACAAACCCACAUACUUUGACAUUUACACCGCAGGGGCGGGUGCUGGAGAUGUGGGUGUCAUCAUCGUGGAUUCCAAUGGCAGGAGGGAUACAGUGGAGAUUGUUCUCGAGAACAAGGGAGACAGUAUUUUUCGCUGCACCUAUGGGCCCGUCCUAGAAGGGCCUCAUACCAUCUAUGUGACCUUUGCUGGGCAGCAGAUACCCAGAAGCCCUUUCACUGUCCACAUCUCUGAGGCUUCACAGAGUGUGCUGCCACCCGGCUCUCCGGUGCAGAUAGUACCUCAGUCCAUACGCACCCCACCCUCAGACAAGACAAGGAGAGCCCCCCCUCCAACACCGCCCAAACCCAGGCGACCAACCUGCAACCCCAAUGCUUGCAGGGCAUCGGGGCGAGGUCUGCAGCCAAAGGGCGUCAGGGUGAAAGAAGUGGCUGAUUUCAAAGUGUACACCAAGGGAGCAGGCAGCGGAGAGCUCAAAGUCACCGUGAAGGGACCAAAGGGCCUUGAGGAGCCGGUGAAGGUGCGUGAGGUGGGAGACGGUCUGUAUGAGUGCGACUACUACCCCAUCCUGACAGGAAAAUACAACAUCGCCAUUCACUGGGGAGGACACAGCAUCCCACGCAGCCCAUUUGAGGUGGUGGUGAGCGAGGAUGCAGGUGCUCAGAAGGUGCGGGCCUGGGGUCCGGGCCUGGAGACUGGCAUGGUGGGGAAAAGUGCUGACUUUGUGGUGGAGGCCAUUGGCACGGAGGUGGGAACUCUGGGCUUCUCUAUCGAGGGUCCGUCACAGGCCAAGAUUGAGUGCGAUGACAAAGGGGACGGAUCGUGUGAUGUGCGCUACUGGCCUACAGAGCCUGGGGACUACGCUGUGCAUGUCAUCUGUGAUGACGAGGACAUCAAGGACAGUCCCUUCAUGGCUCACAUCCUCCCUGCAGCCCAUGACGUCUUCCCAGAGAAGGUGAAAUGUUACGGCCCAGGUCUGGAGCCAACGGGCUGCAUUGUCAACAAGCCUGCUGAGUUCACCAUUGAUACCCGAGGAGCCGGUAGAGGAGAACUGAAGCUUUAUGCUCAGGAUGCAGAAGGCUUCCCCAUUGACAUCCAGAUCACAGAUAAUGGAGACAGCACCUACUUCUGUGUGUACAUUCCCAGCAAACCCAUCAAACACACCAUCAUCAUCACCUGGGGCGAGGUCAACGUCCCCAACAGCCCCUUCAGGGUGACUAUUGGAGAAGGCAGCCAUCCAGAGAACGUGAAGGUUUAUGGACCGGGUGUGGAGAAGACAGGUCUAAAGGCCAAUGAGCCCACCUACUUCACUGUGGACUGCAGUGAGGCAGGCCAAGGUGAUGUCAGCAUUGGAAUCAAGUGUGCCCCUGGUGUGGUGGGUCCUGCAGAGGCAGACAUUGACUUUGACAUCAUCAAGAAUGACAAUGACACCUUCACAGUGAAGUACAUGCCCCCGGGUCCUGGACAAUACACCAUCAUGGUGCUGUUUGCCGAUCAGGAAAUUCCCAUCAGCCCUUUCAGAAUCAAGGUGGACCCUUCCCAUGAUGCAGCUAAAGUCAGGGCUGAGGGACCUGGACUCAGCAAAACAGGUGUGGAGGUGGGCAAACCAACUCACUUCACUGUGUAUACCAAGGGAGCAGGCAAGGCCAAGCCUGAGGUCCACUUCACUGGAGCAGCUAAAGGCGAAGCUGUCAGAGACUUUGAGAUCAUUGACAACCAUGACUACUCCUACACUGUCCGCUACACUGCAGUGCAACAGGGAAACAUGUCUGUCACAGUGUGUCAUGGAGGCGACCCCAUUCCCAAAAGCCCCUUCAACAUCUCUGUUGCCCCGCCACUUGACCUCAGCAAGAUCAAGGUGCAGGGGUUGAACAACAAGGUGGAUGUUGGCAAGGAUCAGGAGUUUACCAUCAACACACGUGGCGCUGGCGGCCAGGGCAAACUGGACGUGAAGAUCACUUCCCCGUCACGGCGACCAAUCCCCUGCAAGCUGGAGUCAGGCACAGCCAACGACAUACACACUGUGAAGUACAUUCCCCCCGAGGAAGGACCCUACAGAGUGGACAUCACUUACGAUGGAAACCCUGCACCGGGAAGUCCGUUCACUGUGGAGGGUGUCAUGCCUCCAGACCCUUCAAAGGUUCGUGCUUAUGGUCCUGGUCUUCAGGGUGGUGUAGUUGGUAAACCAGCGCCCUUUGCCAUCGACACCAAAGGAGCCGGCACCGGUGGGCUGGGCCUGACAGUGGAAGGGCCCUGUGAGGCCAAGAUCGAGUGCCAGGACAAUGGGGAUGGAUCCUGCUCUGUUUCCUACCUGCCUACUGAACCUGGGGAAUAUGCCAUCAACAUCCUAUUUGCUGACCAGCACAUCCCUGGAUCACCCUUUAAGGCCAUGGUGCAAUCAGUGUUUGACCCCAGUAAAGUGACAGCGAGUGGCCCUGGGCUGGAAAGAGGCAAGGUCAACGAAGCCGGCUCCUUCACAGUGGACUGCUCCAAAGCCGGGGAAGCUGAGCUCACCAUCGAGAUCAUCUCGGACUCAGGGGCCAAAGCUGAGGUGCAUGUCCAGAACAACAGUGACGGGACCUACUCCAUCACCUAUAUCCCUCAAUUCCAUGGCAUGUACACCAUCACCAUCAAAUAUGGCGGACAUGCUGUGCCUAAAUUCCCUGCCCGUGUACAAGUGGACCCUGCUGUUGAUACCAGCGGUGUAAAGGUCUAUGGACCAGGAAUUGAACCCAGAGGGGUCCUGCGAGAAGUGACCACCCAUUUCAUUGUGGAUGCCCGCGCUCACCACAAAAGUGGUGGCAGCCAUAUCAAAGUGUGUAUUGUGAAUCCUUCAGGUGCCAACACGGACGCAUACAUCACUGACAAGGGCGAUGGCACCUACAGAGUAGAGUAUACCGCCUACGAGGACGGUUUGCAUCUGAUCGAGGUGCUUUAUGAUGAGGUUGCAGUGCCCAAGAGUCCAUUCAGGGUGAUGGUGACGGAGGGCUGUGAUCCAAGUCGAGUCCGGGCCUAUGGUCCUGGUCUGGAGGAAGGGCUGGUCAACAAACCCAACCGCUUCACCGUGGAAACCAGAGGUGCUGGUACUGGAGGUCUUGGUCUGGCCAUUGAGGGCCCCUCAGAGGCCAAGAUGUCAUGCAAAGACAACAAAGAUGGCAGCUGCAGUGUGGAGUACAUCCCAUUCACUCCUGGAGAGUAUGAUGUCAACAUCACUUUUGGAGGCCUGCCUAUUCCAGGGAGUCCGUUUCGAGUCCCAGUGCGGGAGCUGGUGGAUCCCAGUAAAGUGAGGUGUUCAGGUCCAGGCUUGGGAAGUGGAGUCAGAGCCCACGUGCCCCAGACCUUCACUGUAGACAGCACCAAAGCUGGGGUGGCCCCCCUGGAGGUCCAACUCUAUGGGCCUACCGGUGUGGCUGAACCUGUCAACAUUACAGAUAAUGGUGAUGGUACACACACUGUCAACUACACCCCUUCCACUGAUGGCCCAUACACAGUGUGUGUGAAGUACGCUGACCAGGAAGUCCCUCGCAGUCCUUUUAAGAUCAAGACCUUGCCAGCUCAUGAUGCCAGUAAGGUUCGUGCCAGUGGUCCUGGCCUGAAUGCAUCUGGUGUGCCAGCUAGCCUGCCUGUUGAGUUCACCAUCGAUGCCAGGGAUGCUGGCGAGGGACUGCUCACUGUUCAGAUACUGGGUCCAGAUGGGUGCAGGCGCGAGGCCUCUGUGUUUGUGGAGGACUGGGGCAGGAGGGUGUGGGAGAGACAUAUAGUAAAGGGCACCAUCCCCUUCCGUAUUCUUAAGAAAGGCUGUGAUCCUGAGGGCAAGCCAAAGAAAGCUAACAUUCGGGACAACAGGGACGGGACGUACACAGUGUCCUAUGUACCAGACAUGACAGGACGGUACACUAUCACCAUCAAAUACGGAGGAGAUGAGAUUCCCUACUCACCCUAUCGAAUUCACGCCCUGCCCACUGGAGACGCCAGCAAGUGUCUGGUCACAGUAUCAAUUGGAGGACAUGGAUUGGGGUCCGGUCUCGGCCCCACCAUCCAGAUUGGAGAGGAGACAGUCAUCACUGUGGAUGCGAAGGCUGCUGGGAAAGGGAAAGUCACCUGCAAGGUGUCAACACCUGACGGGGCAGAGCUGGAUGUGGAUGUGGUGGAGAAUGCAGAUGGAACUUUUGACAUUUACUACACAGCACCAGAGCCAGGGAAAUAUGUCAUCACUAUCCGAUUUGGUGGAGAACACAUCCCCAAUAGCCCCUUCCAUGUGGUGGCCAGUGAUACCAUUCCUAUAAUAGAAGAACCAUGUGACAAGCUACAGUUACAGCAGCCCUACGCUCCCUAUGUGGGCUACCCCCCUCACUGGGCCACCGAGGAUCCCAUCACCCCUGUCGACGGGAUGGAACCCAUGCUCCGCCCCUUCAAUCUGGUCAUUCCUUUCACUGUACAGAAAGGAGAGAUCACAGGUGAGGUGCGAAUGCCCUCCGGUCGGACAGCUCAUCCUCACAUCACCGACAACAAGGACGGCACGGUCACCGUGAAGUACUCUCCCACCGAGAGAGGCCUGCACGAGAUGGACAUCAAAUAUGACGGCAACCACAUCCCAGGAAGUCCUCUGCAGUUCUAUGUUGAUGCCAUUAACAGUGGCCAUGUGACGGCCUACGGACCUGGUCUGAGUCACGGCAUGGUGAACAGACCCGCCACCUUCACCAUUGUUACCAAGGAUGCUGGGGAAGGUGGUCUGUCGCUGGCUGUGGAAGGUCCCUCUAAAGCAGAGAUCAGUUGUAAGGAUAACAAGGACGGGACCUGCACUGUGUCCUACCUGCCAACUGCUCCUGGAGACUACAACAUCAUAGUCAAGUUUGAUGACAAACACAUCCCCGGCAGCCCCUUCACUGCCAAGAUAACUGGUGACGACUCUAUGAGGACGUCUCAGCUCAAUGUGGGCACAGCGACAGACGUUUCUCUGAAGAUCACCGAGACAGACCUGAGCAGUCUGACGGCGACCAUCAGAGCGCCGUCCGGCAGCGAGGAGCCCUGCCUGCUCAAGAGGCUGCCCAACCGUCAUAUCGGUAUCUCAUUCACACCAAAAGAAGUGGGUGAACAUGUGGUGAGUGUGAAGAAGAACGGAAAGCAUGUGACCAACAGCCCCUUCAAGAUCAUGGUGGGCCAGUCGGAGAUCGGCGACGCCAGCAAGGUGAAGGUGUAUGGCCAGGGUCUGGUGGAGGGACACACGUUCGAGGUGGCCGAGUUCAUCGUCGACACCAGGAAUGCAGGUUACGGAGGUCUGGGCCUGUCCAUCGAGGGGCCAAGCAAAGUGGACAUCAACUGCGAGGACGUGGAGGACGGCACAUGUAAGGUCACCUACUGCCCUACCGAGCCUGGGAACUACAUCAUCAACAUCAAGUUUGCUGACCAGCAUGUCCCAGGAAGUCCAUUCACGGUGAAGGUGUUUGGUGAGGGCAGGAUGAAGGAAAGCAUCACCAGGAAGAGACAGGCUCCCUCCAUCGCUACAGUGGGCAGCACCUGUGAUCUAAACCUCAAAAUACCAGGUAACUGGUUUCAGAUGGUUUCAGCUCAGGAGCGUCUGACCCGGACGUUCACGCGCAGUAGCCACACGUACACGAGAACAGAGCGUACAGAGAUCAGUAAGACCCGUGCAGGGGAGACCAAGAGGGAGGUUCGCGUGGAGGAGAGCACCCAGGUCGGAGGAGACCCGUUCAGGGAUGUCUUUGGAGACUUCCUGGGCAGAGAGAGCCUGACUGGCUUCAGCGGGAUGCAAGCCAGCAGACAGCCACUGCAAGAGGGUGAGGGAGGGAGUCAGGAGAUGACGGCUCAGGUGACCAGCCCUGGAGGGAAGACGGAGGAUGCUGAGAUCAUCAAAGGAGAGGACAGCACCUACAGUGUCAGGUUCAUCCCCCAGGAGAUGGGACCUCACACUGUUAAUGUCAAAUAUCGUGGACAACAUGUCCCUGGCAGCCCCUUCCAGUUCACUGUAGGGCCCCUGGGAGAGGGAGGGGCACACAAGGUCCGAGCUGGGGGCACCGGCUUGGACAGAGGAGUGGCUGGGAUGCCAGCUGAGUUCAGCAUCUGGACCAGAGAGGCUGGCGCUGGUGGUUUGUCCAUUGCUGUAGAGGGGCCCAGCAAGGCAGAGAUCACCUUUGAAGACAGGAAGGAUGGAUCCUGUGGAGUGGCCUAUGUGGUUCAGGAGCCAGGUGACUAUGAGGUUUCUAUUAAGUUCAAUGAUGAACACAUCCCUGACUCUCCGUUCAUCGUCCCCAUCGCCACUUUGUCUGAUGAUGCUCGCCGCCUCACCAUCACCAGCCUACAGGAGAUGGGUCUGAAGGUGGGGCAGGAAGCCUCAUUCGCAGUGCAGCUGAAUGGAGCCAGGGGGCUGAUUGAUGCCAAGGUCCACACACCGUCUGGAGCUAUAGAGGAGUGCUACAUCACUGAGUUGGACAGUGAUCAACAUGCCAUCAGGUUUAUCCCAAGGGAGAAUGGAGUACAUUCUAUCGAUGUUCGCUUCAAUGGCAGCCACAUUCCCGGCAGCCCCUUCAAGAUCCGAGUGGGAGAACCAGGGCAGGUUGGCGAUCCAGGCAUGGUAUCUGCCUUUGGACCUGGCCUAGAGGGAGGAACCACAGGUGUACCAUCAGAGUUUAUUGUGAACACAUGUAAUGCCGGAUCAGGAGCGCUGUCUGUCACCAUCGAUGGGCCAUCGAAGGUAAAGAUGGACUGCCAGGAGUGUGCUGAAGGCUACAAGGUCACUUACACCCCUAUGGCUCCAGGGAACUAUCUCAUCUCCAUUAAAUACGGAGGACCCCAGCACAUUGUUGGCAGCCCCUUCAAGGCCAAAGUGUCAGGAGCUCGUCUAUCUGGUGGCCACAGUCUGCAUGAGACGUCAUCUGUUCUCGUGGAAACAGUCACCAAGUCAUCAGCGAUGGGUGGGGCCUUUGCUUCCCUGCCUAAAUUCUCCUCAGAUGCCAGUAAAGUAAUCUCCAGGGGCGCUGGCCUAUCAAAAGCCUUUGUAGGGCAGAAGAACAUUUUCACAGUAGAUUGCAGCAAAGCAGGCACUAAUAUGCUAAUGGUGGGCGUCCACGGGCCUAAGACCCCCUGUGAAGAGGUGUACGUCAAACACAUGGGCAACAGGAUGUACAAUGUCACAUACACCGUCAAAGAACAGGGAAAUUACAUCCUCAUUGUCAAAUGGGGGGAUGAGAAUGUCCCUGGCAGUCCCUUCCAUGUCACUGUCCCUUAAAAAAUGGACCCUUGUACACCUGUCUACUGUAGCUCCAGAGCCUCCUGCCCUCCCACAUGCACUAAAGAUGCAAAGACUGUUUUUGCCCAUUCAAGGGGACAGAACUGAGUAUUCAUGCCUGGUGCCAAAUCUCUCAUUGAUGCCUUCCUCUUUGACACCACUCCUGGUGACCUGCACUGACAGCAGUUGCAAAUUCAAUGGAAAACAGGUAAAGGAGGGUAAACUAUGAUCUCCAUUUAGUGGGCAUCCCUACCACUAAGGUGACAAUUACACUCUUAUCAAUAAUACUCAGAAAAACAUUAGUUUUUAUUGCUUCAAGCAUCCUAUCUUCAUAUAACCUACACCAGUUUUAUGCUACUUAUGAUGUACACUAUGAAUUUUAUCAUAAAAAAAGACUAUAAACACAAAUAAAAAUGUGGAUAAGCUGAUUUGAGGUUGGUUUAACCUUCCUCUACAUCCUGGUUAUAUACUGCACAAAUACAAUCCAUUGUGUCCACAUGCCAUCUUAUCAACCACCACACCCAUUUGUUGACAUUACUGACAGCCAGGUGACAGCAAUGCUCACAAACCUUUGUGUCAAAAUCCAUACAAAAAUGUUUCUAUGGUGGUAUGCCGUGGUCCCACAUUCUUUUAUAGUCCCCUACACAUCAUUUAACAGAGUGUCAACUGAUAUAUAAGUUACAUAUCAACAAGAAGUUCUUAGCAAGCUACACCCACAUGGUUAGGGUUAGGGUUCCAGCUGGGUGAGGGCUUUCUUGGAGACGCCCACAGGAUUUAAGUUGGGGUUAGGGUUAGGACAUCUCUUGGACAAGCCCACAGGGUAAAGGUUAGGGUUCCAGCUGGAUGAAGACUUUUGUGGACAUGCCUAUAGGGCUAAUGUUAGAAUUCUGGCUGGUUGAGCGCUUUCUUGGACAUACCCACAGGGUUAAGGUUAGGGUUCCAGCUGGGUUAGGACUUUCGUGAAUAUGCUUGCAGAGUUGAGGUUCGAGUUCCGGUUAGGUGAGGGCUUUUGUGGACAUGCCCAAGGGGUUAAUGUUAGGUUUCUGGUUGGUUGAGGGCUUUCUUGGACAUGCCCACAGGGUUAUGGUUAGGGUCAUUGUUGAGUGAGUAGGGAAUGGGCAUCAAGUCAGCAAACUGAAUGGCCAAUCACAGCACUGCUUUGUGUAACUUGCCCAGGACUGUGGUGGGAUAUAUACAAACAUGUUGUUGAAAUAUAGUUUAUGGCUAAUUGAUAUGCUACUGAACUAUUGUUGAUAUUUAACUUAUAUAUCAGUUGACAUUAUGUUGCAUAUCUAUUGGGGACUAUCCAAAGAAAGUGAUUAUUACGCCUCAUUUGUCCUUGGUGUGUGCUGUUGUUACGCCAUGCAAAGGUAACUUCCUUGUAGAGGCAAUGGAUGCUUAUGGUUUGAAGUUUGAAGAUCACAAACAAGCCUAAUUUCCGUUCACAACGCUAAUCUUUUAGGGUGUACAAAUUUUGGCAAACCACCAGUAUCGUUGAACUGUCUUGACUUAGACCAGCUUUGUCAGCCAUGUAUGGAUCUAGAUGUCCAUUUAAACCAAUCUUUUGUGAUGUCACUGUCAUGCAUGUCAGCAAGCACUUUUGUACUUUUUUGCAAAUACUGUGGAUUGCAAAUCUUUUGUGUAAUUUUCCUCAGAUUCUCCUUUCCUGUUAUUUUUCCCCAUUAAUUUAUGCAUUAAUGUUUCAGCACAAGAUUGUACAAAGAGGAAACAGAACUGAAAUUGAUGGUUAAAUCUAUGUGUAUGGUGAUAAUUUCACAGUAUGCAGAUAUACUGGCACCCUUUACUGCAACUUGGUUGUUUGGAAAUGUCCCACAAUACUGCAGAAGGCUAAACGGCUAACCAAGGAUGUGGACAAGCUGUGCUGUGACUGUUUCAUGGGGGGAGAAAAAACUAUGCUUUUAACUUUAUUUAUUCAGACCUUCCUUUGUUUUCUUUGACAGAAAAUGGUCUUAUUGUUCAUUAUGAGUUGAUUUUUUUUCCUUCUAUAUUGUGCCAUUUGCUGACCUGGCAUCUGCUGCCGUGGACAAAGAGCUAUUGAUGGGCUGAGAUUUUUUACUAAAGGAAGAAAGUGCGGUGUGGCAAUCGAUUCUUUUGUGAAUGUUGAAUGAAAAACACAGCUGUUACAGUGAAACAAUAUUAUAGAGUGAUAUUUUAUAGUGAUUUUGUAUGUAUCAAAAAUGGAUGAAAGAAAUAAAAUUCUUAAUUGUUUGAUAUAUUAACCUUCAAUUUGGCAAGAUUGUGCAGGCAUAAUAAAAAUUUAUUUGCUAACUUGCCAGA